UUAUUGAUGUCUUGCUGAGGAGGUGGUGGCUUCUGGUCGGUGAAGAAAAAAGGGCCUGAUUUUAGUUUUCCAGAACGCACCCGCCUCCGACCAGUCAUCCGCCCGCCGCUCGCGCGACCCGCGUCUAGGUGCAGAGGCUGCUCGCGCGUCACUAAUGGCAACCAGCGCGCGAAAGGAUGAGUGUGCGCGCCUUCCUGAGGGAGAACGUAAAUCGCGUAUAACUUGGGAUUUAACUCGUAUAUCGUAUAAUUUGGGAUGUAUAUUAUUAACCGCGAUUUUCUGAAGCGAAUGGAUGCGGGAAUGAUGCCUCUCCGUGUCGGUAUUUCCUUUCUGUGUCUCUUUGUAGCGGUGAUGAGCUCUGUGAUACAUAAUGUUACCAGCAUCUCCCUGCCUCAUUACGGAGACGCCUUGGUAAAAACGAGGGCUCGGCGUGAUGACGACAGGUUCCUCGGGAGAGAGAACACGGUACCGGUCCGGUUAGUGUACCGAAUGGACGGAGACAGUCAGGCCGCUCAUGAUGUUCUCAACACACGGGUCCGAAUGAGCUCUGACACUAAACAGAACCACAUGGCUCAGGCUAGCUUCCAGGUGCAGGCCUUUGGACAGACCUUCAUUUUAGACCUGGAACUGAACCAUGAUCUUCUAUCAUCAAAUUACAUUGAGAGGCACAUAUCAGAGGAGGGGAAGUCAGUUGUCAACAAAGGUGGAGAACACUGUUACUACCAUGGGAAAGUACGUGAUAUUCCAAAGUCAUAUGUGGCGCUUUCAACUUGCCAUGGAUUACAUGGGAUGUUCUUUGAUGGGAACCACACAUACAUGAUUGAACCAGGAGGAGAGAAUGCUACAAGUGAGGAGGUUCAUGUGCACAUGAUUUAUCAGUCUCCUGGUUUGGACCCCCCAGAGGACUUAAUUUCUGCAGAUCACCUGGCAGAGUCACCGUUCCAGAACCCUCCACUGUCUAGUGCCGCCCACAGGAGGAAAAGGAGACAGAUAUCGCGAAAUCCACGGAGUGUUUCAGAUGAGACCAAAUAUAUAGAGCUGAUGGUCAUAAAUGAUCAUUUAAUGUACAAGAAACAUCGCCUUUCCGUUGGACAAACGAAUAACUACGCCAAAUCUGUUGUAAAUAUGGCUGAUCUGUACUUCAAAGAGCAACUCAACACUAGAAUUGUCUUGGUUGCGAUGGAAACAUGGGCUGCAGACAACAGAUUUAACAUCAAUGACGAUCCCAUGGUGACAUUACGAGAGUUUAUGAAGUACCGAAGAGACUUUAUUAAAGAAAAGUGUGACUCCGUUCAUCUUUUUUCAGGCAACCGUUUCCAUAGCAACUGGGGAGGAGCCUCAUAUGUGGGCGGAGUCUGCUCACUCACUAAAGGAGGCGGAGUCAAUGAGUAUGGAAAGACCGAAGAAAUGGCCAUAGCUCUCGCCCAGUCACUAGGACAAAAUAUCGGCAUAUUUUCUGAUAAGAAACGCAUUUUAAAUGGGGAGUGCAAGUGUGAAGAUAAAUGGUCUGGCUGCAUAAUGGAUGAUGUUGGCUUCUACUUACCCAAGAGAUUUUCUGACUGUAACGUGGAAGAGUAUAAUGAUUUCCUGAACAGUGGAGGUGGUGCGUGUCUCUUCAACAAACCUUCAAAGCUCUUGGAUCCUCCAGAGUGUGGAAAUAGUUUUGUGGAGGCAGGAGAGGAGUGUGACUGUGGAAGCCCAGCCGAGUGUGCUAGAGAAGGGGAGAACUGCUGCAAGAAAUGUAUGUUGACUCAGGGAGCCAAAUGCAGUGAUGGUCUCUGUUGUAAGAACUGUCAGCUGGAGUUUAUGGGUGUACUUUGUCGUGACGCUGUCAAUGAUUGUGACAUACCUGAAAUGUGCACUGGGAACUCCAGCCAGUGUCCUCCAAACCGGCACAAGAUGGAUGGGUACACAUGUGAGAAAGACCAAGGAAGAUGUUUCAAUGGCAGGUGCAAAACCAAGGACAGACAGUGCAAAUACCUCUGGGGAGAGAAAGCAACAUCGGCUGAUAAGUUUUGCUAUGAGAAACUCAACAUUGAGGGCACAGAGAAGGGCAACUGUGGACGUGACAGAGACACCUGGAUUCAGUGCAAAAAACAGGAUGUACACUGUGGAUACCUGCUGUGCUCCAACAUUUCUCCUGCACCCAGACUAGGAGAGUUACAGGGAGGUUUGACUUCUUUCUCUGUGGCCCAGCACAGCGCCUCACUGGACUGCAGUGGAGGCCAUGUGCUGAUUGAUGGCAACACUGAUUUGGGAUACGUAGAGGAUGGAACGGCGUGUGGGACGGAUCGCAUCUGCUUUAAUCACAAAUGCCUCCUAGUGCAGGAAUUCAACUUCAGCACGUGCCCCGGCACCAACGAAAGGGUGAUCUGCUCCGGACAUGGGGUGUGCAGUAAUGAGCUCAGGUGUGUGUGUGACCUGGGCUGGGCAGGUGAGGAAUGUAACGCCACCUCUCCUCUGAGUUACCUGCUGGUGCGACCCACAGCCAAAACACCAGGCACCAUCACUACUAACAUCAUCAUCGGGGCCAUUGCAGGCUCUAUCCUGGUCCUUGCACUGAUUCUUGGCAUUUCUGCAUGGGGAUACAAGAGCUACAGACAGCGUCAGUAUGUUGAGUCAGACGUACACAGAAGAUUCUGUCGUCAAAUGCCUCCUGGUGAUUACGUGAAGAAGCCUGGAGAUGCUGAUUCUCUGUACAGUGAUAUGCCGCAGGGUGUGAGCUCAAACUCCGGCAGCAGCUCCAAGAAGAGGUCUGCCUACCUGUCUCACCUCCAAAUCAACACCUGCUCUUUCACCCCAUCUAUCCCUUCCAUCAGCCAAAACAUCUCUCUGUUCGGCUUCAGAUCUAAUGGUCUGUCUCACUCCUGGAGUGAAAGAAUCCCAGAUGCCAAGCACAUUUCUGACGUCUGUGAAAAUGGACGACCCAGGAGCAACUCAUGGCAAGGAAACAUCACAGGCACCCGUAGGAAGCUCAAGGGAAAGAAGUUCCGUCCACGCUCCAACUCCACAGAGACACUGUCACCCGCCAAAUCGCCCACUUCUUCAACGGGCUCCAUCGCCUCCAGCCGGAGAUACCCCUACCCCAUGCCUCCCCUUCCAGAUGAGGAGAGGAAGGCCAACAGACAGAGUGCCAGGCUGUGGGAAACGUCAAUAUAAAAGAACUCCUCGAAACUGGUCUGCAAAACUCCGUAAGGAUUUUCCUCCGCUUUUGUAUGAAUGAGAAAAUGAAAUAAGAAAAUAAGGAAUUCAAAUGGAGAAACAAGGGACGAGUGAAUGGAAGAGUUGGGCGUGGUCUCCUCUGAUCUCUGUUCAGCAUUUGUGGCAUGGAGCAGUCUCACCCUGGACGUUGAGGAGCGUGGUAUCAGAUUCCCAUUCCUGCUGUCAUUCAUAAACAGGACUCAGGAACACGAUUUCAUCACGAGA